UAUCGAUGUGGUGUAAGUGUUUAUACAUAUCCCACCCCUGUCUGAACCGGUAUAUAUUUAGACGAUCGGUAAGACUCGUUCUUUUCUCUCCGGUCUACGUGGGGCUGUCAGUAGUGCUUUAGUCCGUAUUUUGACAAUAUGGGUAAAGAAAAGAUUCAUAUUAACAUCGUGGUUAUUGGCCACGUCGAUUCUGGCAAGUCCACCACCACAGGACAUCUCAUCUACAAAUGUGGAGGCAUCGAUAAGAGAACUAUCGAGAAGUUUGAGAAAGAAGCCGCUGAGAUGGGCAAAGGUUCCUUCAAGUAUGCCUGGGUGUUGGACAAACUGAAGGCAGAGCGUGAGCGUGGUAUCACCAUUGACAUUUCUCUGUGGAAGUUUGAGACCAGCAAAUACUACGUCACCAUCAUUGAUGCCCCUGGGCACAGAGAUUUUAUCAAGAACAUGAUCACUGGUACCUCUCAGGCUGACUGUGCCGUUCUGAUUGUCGCUGCUGGUGUUGGUGAGUUUGAAGCUGGUAUCUCAAAAAAUGGGCAGACUCGUGAACAUGCCUUGCUUGCCUACACCCUUGGAGUGAAACAACUUAUUGUUGGAGUGAACAAGAUGGACUCCACAGAGCCCCCCUACAGCCAGAAACGUUUCGAGGAAAUCAACAAGGAAGUCGGCGCCUACAUCAAGAAGAUCGGCUACAACCCCGCCACUGUUGCCUUUGUCCCAAUUUCUGGAUGGCAUGGUGACAACAUGCUGGAGCCCAGCUCAAACAUGAGCUGGUUCAAGGGAUGGAAAAUUGAAAGGAAAGAAGGUGGCGCCAGUGGAGUCACCCUUCUUGAGGCCCUGGACUCCAUUCUGCCACCCUCUCGGCCCACUGACAAACCUCUUCGUUUGCCUCUGCAGGAUGUGUACAAAAUUGGAGGUAUUGGAACUGUGCCUGUCGGACGUGUUGAGACCGGAACUUUGAAGGCUGGUAUGGUCGUGACCUUUGCCCCCGCCAACUUGACCACUGAGGUCAAGUCUGUUGAGAUGCACCACGAGUCUCUUGCUGAGGCUCUGCCUGGUGACAACGUUGGCUUCAAUGUUAAGAACGUGUCAGUUAAAGACAUCCGUCGUGGUAAUGUGACUGGCGACAGCAAGAACGAUCCCCCUAUGGAGGCUGCCAACUUCACAGCUCAGGUAAUCAUCCUCAACCACCCCGGUCAGAUCUCUCAAGGCUACGCCCCAGUUCUGGACUGCCACACUGCUCAUAUUGCCUGCAAGUUUUCUGAGCUCAAGGAAAAGAUUGACCGCCGUUCUGGCAAGAAGCUUGAGGACAACCCCAAGGCCCUCAAAUCUGGAGAUGCUGCCAUUAUUCUUAUGAUCCCUGGGAAGCCCAUGUGUGUGGAGAGCUUCUCACAAUAUCCACCACUGGGUCGUUUCGCUGUGCGUGACAUGAGGCAGACCGUUGCUGUUGGCGUAAUCAAGGCUGUAGAAAAGAAAACCUCCUCUGCUAGCAAGGUGACCAAGUCUGCUCAGAAGGCUGCCAAAGCCAAAUGAAUCUUUUUGUCGGUGACACAGCAAGCCUGCACUGCGAUGUCUCAGAACCUGAGCACGGUUUUAAAAGACUGGCUUAUGAUGAUAAAAACCCAUCGUAAAAGCUUCCGAAGGAAAGGAGGAAAUGAUGUAUUUCUAAACACCUUAGGAGAAAAUGGCUAUUAAAAUAAAUAAUAAACAUUCA